GACCAUACCAUUUUUUUUUCUCAGGGAACAGGUGUAAUUCCAUAUGCUUCGGAGAAAACAACGUCAGAUUUAUAAUGAAUAUAUAUUUAUAUUUAAGAUCAACCUAAAAAAAAAAAAAAUGUACUAAAAAUAUAUUUUUUUAUGAAAAAAUAGUUGCAUUAUAUUUUUUUAAUGAAAUAUGAUGCUUUAUGAUAAUAAUCUAAGUGAACGAGGGUCUAAAAAAAUCGCUGAUUGAUUGGUAGUUGUGUGUGUGUACAGAUAUCAGCUAGCCCAGCAACUGGUAGCGGCACCUGACAACGACGAAAUCGCGGAGCUCGCGGAACUGAGACAGGAUACAUAAUUUUCAGCUUUUCAUUUCAUUUUGGAGAACUUUGGAUUGUAACAUUUUAGCCGUCAUGGCAGUCGAUCAUUUUCUAUUCCGAUAGAGAGCUAUGUAAUAUCCAAACUCGAUUUAUUUCAUUGUUGUUUUGUGAUCAAAUGUUAUAUUUCUUCUGUGACUGUUUGAGUGUUUAUGCGGAGUCGCUUCCAAGUUCCAGCUUGUGCUCCGUGUGAUCAUCGCACAGCUUGCCGGAUCCCACGGCGUGCAUUCUUUACCACACAGGUCUUAUGCAGUAAUGUUCUGUGCAGUAAAUGUUGUUGGUUAUAUGUUAUUUGGACACCUCAAUCAAUGAAUGGCAGAUGCUCAUGAUUUCUCCUGUCUAGUUGAAUUUAAACUCCAACAUGUAUGAAAUAGAUCCAGCAAAUGUUCGAUCUCCGAGGGAGUUUGAUAAUCCCAAAUUUGAUUUGGGCCCUCGGAGAAGUCCUUCCUCAACUUCCAGCAAAGCCCAGCUGACGUUUGAGGAGAUGUCGUCUGUGAUAAAGUUAAAACCUCCUCCCAAGACAACAUGGGAGCCAGAUGUCAGAGCCAUGAUCUCUGCCAAGAAGUGGCUUAGUACUUACGGUCUAAAGAGGAACAGACUGAAACUGGACCAGAUCCUGGGAACCAUUGGAUUCAGGCAUAGUGAUGAUUUUGAUCGUUCCUUGAAGAAGCCUGUCUGUUCGCGGUACGGCGAGGGCUUGUUUACACGGUUUCCUAGGAGAGAUGGCAAGAUAUACAAUGUGAAUGUAAAAAUAAGCAAGGAGAAGAUCAAACAGAUAGAGAAUAGUCUCCUUCAAGCCAUCAAUCUUUACAAGCGUCGUAUCGAUUGGCUGACCAGCGAGAGCCGACGCCUGUUUGGUGUUAUAGAAGAACAUUGUAUCUGUAUUGUGGUCGACAUUAAGACUAAUUCGCCAAGUCACUUUGAUCACUGUCGGAAUGCCCUCAUCCGUGUCCUCGAGGACCAAGUUUCACAAAUUGCCAAGUUUAAUCUCAUCAGGGCCGCGCAAGACAUGGUGAUGUUUCAGCCUCAUGCAGUACCUGUCACAAAGGAUUCCUUGAAUGAAGCCACAGAGUGGAUCAGAACUCUCGAUAGCGUCGCAGCAACUACCGAGACAAGUGCAUGUGAAGGGAUUCUCAAGGGUCUCACAGAUAGAAAUAUUGAAGCUGUAUUCCUUUUCUCUGAAGGAUCUUCGGCCAACACCGCCAUGGAGCUUACAUUCCAGAAAGUGAGAGGGUGCCCUCUACCUGUCAACACGGUUGCAUUUAACAGCGCAGACUCGACGACCGUUCACUUUAUGAAGGACCUAGCACAGCUCACAGGAGGAAGGUUUCAUGCCUUUGCGUUCAACAAGCUGGACUCUGACGUGAAUGGGAACAGUUCCUACAACCACGACACCAAGGCCCCCCUGAGUGGGGUUCCCCCUGGGGCGGGGACCAGGGAGGAUGUAGUGAGCAUGUGGCAAGAGCUGGAGGAAGCUAGGGCUAUCUUGGGGGAGGUCCAGACCAUCUUGGAACACGUGCCAGACACCAGACAAGAUGUUCCCGAUGAAGCACCAGAGGAGACGAAGGGACCGCAGAAGGAGCGAAGCGAACAGUACAUGAGCUCCAAGGAAUGGCUUUCCAAACGAGGCAUCAAAGCUCGUAAACUAGACCUCUAUGAUGUCCUGGCAACGUGUUCUUUCAGACAUUGCGACGGUGUGGUGGAUAUUAAACAGGCACCUCAUACUGAUUACACAGAUGCUGAGACAAGAAACAAGUUGGUGAAUGCCAAGUAUUGUGACAAGUUCUGUCACUUCCAGUGGAAAGAUGGCUCCAUCAAGCACGUCCAUGUCACAGCCGAGGUACAUAGGGUCUACGAGAGAAAGAUGAACGCUGCCCUUGGAGAUUUACAGAGGAGGUUGGACUGGCUGCAACAGGGAAGCAGGGAACUGUUUGGGACUAUAGUCGAGGACCAGGUCUACAUUCUAAUAGAUAUCUCGAACUCUAUGGAGAACCACUUAGGUCUUGUCAAAGAGAAGAUGUUUAGGCUAAUGCAGGAACAACUGAGGCACAAGGCCAAAUUCAACCUGAUCAAGUUUGGCAGUAAAGCAUCGGGAUGGAAGGACCGCGCUGUAGAGGUCAACGAGAGUAGCAUGCAGAGCGCAUGGCAGUGGGUUAGGGGUCUGGACGUUGCAGGGUCAACCAAUACCUUGAUGGCUCUUAAAAUGGCCUUAGCUGACCCCUCUACUCAGGCCAUUUACUUGCUGACCGAUGGUAGACCGGAUCAUCCCCCGCCAACUAUCCUAGCCCAAGUCCAGCUUCAGAAGAGCAUUCCAAUCCACUGCAUCUCCUUCAACUGCAACGACCGCGAAGCCAACGACUUCAUGGCCUUGCUCUCGUCAGACACCGGAGGGCGCUAUCACUACUACGCAGACGAUCUCGAGGCAGAGCCCGAAGGUCCGUUGCCCUUCGAGAGCGAGGACAGGUUGCUGAUCAGGGAAGAGAUCAAGAAAGGCCGAGACGAUCUAAAGAAACUUGCGGACCUACGAGGGCAGUGUGCGCUCCUGGAUUGGAGCAAUAAGAGCAGCAAGGAGAUGGGAUGCGGCAAAGACCAUGCAAUACCGAAGCGUCCCAUGUCGGCUUCGGGUGCCCGGUCAGCCUCCCAGAUCCUUAGCCGGGAUUCCAUGAGUGCCUCGUUGCCCAAGACCAACAGACCGCAGAGUGCCAAGACCUACGCCCCUCGUCGUCCCAUGUCGGCCCUGAGUAUGACCUCCAACACCUCUCACGAGCACUGCCAUCCCAAGGGACACAGCAGGACCACCACGUUCCCUCCUCGCCCAAGGCCGUCCACCGCCAAGGAGUCCAGGUCCAAGACUCCAAAUAUCGCAUACCAUAAUAAGACCAGUUGGUUGAGACUAAGAGGUAGUUUAGAUGGCUGGGCUGUGCCGGAGACUCAAGUCCUUCUCAACAAGCAACAAGAGAGAUACAUCACCGCAUUACAAGAUCUGGCGAAACAGCAAGAAAAGGGAAAGAAAAAGAAAUUAAAGAAGAAAGCUGAUCCGCUUCAAGUGUCGUCCAAACGAUGGUUAAAGAAGAACGGUUUGAUAGCCAAGAAGCUGACCAUCUAUGACGCUUUAGGGGGUACCAUGGUCAAACAAAAAGCAAAAUACGUGCCUAUACUUGAUAAAUAUGUCAUCUCUCAAGUCUUCAAUGAGGUUCUUCCUCUUGCCCAUGUGACUGGCAACAAACAAGAGAUUAACUUGAUCAACCCGGGAGCAGUCGAUCUGAAGGUUUACGAAGACAAGGUGAACAGUGCCCUCAACCUAUACAGACGUAGACUUGACACCAUCGUCUGGAAUGCUCUUUCAGAAGAAGAGAGGGAUCACCUGGAGCCUGAUUCAUUCCUGGACAAUCGGCAUGACUACAUGGACGCCCUGGAACGUCUCGGCUGGCCCAUCCCGGAGAAAGACAUCAUCCUCCUGGAAGAGGAGAUCGAGAAGGGCGAGCGGUACCUGAGGAAGAGUGAGUCCCUCCGGAAGCACAUCAGAGAACAGAAGCUAGGUCCAACCACAGGAAGUCGCAGGUCAAAGGUCAAAGACUCUAAGGCAACCCUGGAAACCACGCGGAGUAGCUCACGGGUUGGUGGGUUCGAUGAGAUUGAUAGAGACAGUGAUGAGGAAGAUGAUGAUGAUGACGAGGAUAAGGACUCUGAUCUGGACUUGGUUGACGAGACGGGCAAGUUGGAAAGGACACCUCGUAGCUUUAGCAACCGGAGCGCAUCCGACAAGGAUUCUCUGGAGUCCUCUUCAUCGGCGGAGGAGGAAGACGAGUACCUGUCUUCGGAGAAAGAUAGUCAUGAAGAGGCUGGUUUGAGGCGGAGAAGCGGUGGGUCAAAGACCUCUCCUCAGGGCCAGAGUCAUGUGCAAAAGUCCAAGAAGGCUGUAGCGAAGGGGAAGGGCGUGAAGACAAUGAAUCCGUUCAGCCAGGGUGCAAGGAUUGUUGGGAGGAGCAGGCAGGAUGGACUUUAUUACCCAGGUGUGGUGGUGCAGGUCCCCAAUGUGAAUCAGAUAGAUGUGUUUUUCCCAGUGAUUGGUGAUAAAGUCAGGAUUUCGUCUUCUUCCGCAAUACAGCUCAAGGGAGCUCAGGCUCAACCAAAACUCAUUACGGGAGAUUGUGUGUUGAUGAGGCUUGACAGUGCAGACGAUGAGGUCUGGGUACCCGGUAUGAUCAUGGUUGGACCGCAAGAUGAGACAAGGCAGUCCAAGUUCUAUACCAUUGUCACUUACAAUGCUGAUAAGAUGAGUGUCUUGAGGAAUGCAUUGCUGAAGAUCUCCAAGCAAGAAUACAACUCGAUGGUUCGCUUUAUCAUGGAUGUACAAGGACCAUACAUGUCAAAGGAUGACAGAGACAGCAUUGUCACCAUCGAUAAGCUCAAACGCCUAGCCGCCAGAAAGAACAAAUUAAAGUUGGAGGAAAAAGAAAGAGAAGAGGCGGAACGUGAUGAAAAGAGCAGCGAAGAGGAGGCGGAAGAAAAAUCAAAGGAGGAUUCUGGUGAAGAAAAAGAAAUAGAAGACGAGAAGUCCGAGGAUAGUCAUUCUGAGUCUGAUUCCAGCCGAUCGUCACAUCACAGUGAUCAUAGUUACAAAUCUGAAGAAGAUGGUGGCCGUGAUCAUGACUCAGAGAGUGACAAAGAGAUUGCUAAAGAUGAGCCUAGCGUGAUAUCAUCAGAAAUCAAGGAGAGAUUGGUGGACUUGCAGGAGCAGCUUACGUCGCAGCAUGAAGAAUACGUCAGCAAUCAAAAGGCAAUGCAGGAGGAUCUCCAAGACCAGAAGAGACAGACGGAAGAGUUCCAGAAGGUGGUCCAGAGACACGAGGCCCUGCUGGACGAACACACCGGCCUGAAGGAGAAAUACGACCACAUCCAAGGCCGCUACCAGAGGCUUAGGAAGAGGGCGGAAGCAUUGCUCAACAAGCACAAUGUCCUUGAGGGUCAACACAACCAGCUAGAAUCGACGCAUAAAGACCUCACUGACAGAAAUCUUCCAAAGUUGGAUUCAGAGGGUGAAAACAUAUUCCAAAGGCUCAGCAGCAUACAGCAGGCUCAUGGAUCCAAGGAGACGGAGAAUCAGACCCUGGCAAACAGAUACCAGGAGCUCCUGGAGAGGUUAGAUCAGAUGGAGCUGGAGAGGCGGGAGACUAAGGAGCAGCUGUCUGGAGUACAGACACAGAAGGAGGCCCUGGAACAGGAGAUUGCAGACAUGAAGAGACGAUCUGAGACGAUGGGAGACAGCGGGAUACAGAGUAAAGAGCUCAGCACCAAGCCUGUCAUUGAGUACAGUGAUAGAGAAGAAGCGAGCGUCGAUGAUCCUGUUGAAAUCCCGUCCGAGAACAGUAGCAUCAAGGACGAGACCGGUCGGUUGGAGGAUGGUAGCGGCAGCGGUGAAGAUGCGGUUGAUACCGGUAGAGGGCCAAAUGAUGAUGAUGAUGGUGAUGGUGAGAAGGAGGAAGAGGAGGAGGAGGAGGAGCGUCAUGAUAAACAGGAGGUCAAGGAGGAAAAGGGAGAAGAUGACGUCAUAGCCUAUUCACCAAAUACUGGAUGGUUCAUUCAAGGUACCAUUGAAUCUCAAGCUGAUGAUGGGGAAUACUACAUUGUCGAUGACAACAGUACGGUCUUGAAGGUUCCUGAGAAACUCCUCUUGCGAGAGAAACAUGUAGCGAACCAACCUUUGCAGAUCAGUGACACUGUCAUUGGGCGGCACCCUGACUGCCCUCUAAGCUUCGCCCCUGCCACCGUACAGAGGGUGCUACCAGACCUCUGGUACCAGGUCCGGUUCUACAACGGGGUGCUGGCCGAGGUACCAUCGGAGCACCUGUAUCCCCUGGACCCCGCCCUUCACAAACGGGUGGUGGAGGAUGUAUUAAAGAAAGAGGAUGGAUGGGUGGGGCACCCCGUGGUCGCCAGGAAGGAAGAGGACGGUCGAUAUUACCUGGGUGUGAUCAAAUCAAGGAUCCAGCGGAGCCCAAUGUUUGAGGUAGAAUGGGCAGACGAGACCGUCUCUCUCCAGAACAGCCGUCAUAUCUUUGGCUCCUUCACCCGUCGCCAGAAGAUGGCGCUAGGCGACUACGUCUUGGCCAUGAUCAGCGAAGCCCUCAUGAGCUACCUCCCCGGAAAGGUCACGGGGGUCAAAGGAAACAAACUCACGGUAGAGUUCUGUGAUGGGUCAAGGUAAGUGAUUUCAUUAUCAAAGAGGAAGUUUACCUGAGUUUAAUAAAAGUAGAGAAACAAACAAAAACAUUGAUGGACAUUUGUGGAGAACCCAUCAGAGUGAUGGAAUUAUGGACUUACAAAUGAAAUAAGGCUGAUAAACAAUUAGAUGUGCUGUAAGUUUAAAGAGACCGGACGAGAGCAGGCCCGGAUCUAGCGUGAUAAAACACAAUAGUUUUGAGAGGCCGACUUUUGUGCAAAAGCAGUAUGGCUCCUGAAAUGGUAUUCUGUCCAAUCCGGCUGGAUCCGUGCUCGGAUGAGAGAAACCAUGAGUGUGAAUAGAGAAGGAAAUGGGGUGGAGGGAGGUGGAAAGAAAAAGUGAGAGGAGAUAGACAUUGAGUGAAGGAGAGAGAUGAAUAGAGGCUGAUUAAGAAAUUGGGCAUUGCAAGAAGAAGAGAUGGUGUGUAACUACAUGUUAAAAAGUGAUUUUGUACUGAUAUUGGGAGGAAUAUAUCAGGAAAAAAAACCAGCGUUGUGAUGCGUGAGUGGAAUGAGUGAGCCAUGGUCGAGUGGUUUAAGGUGUCUGACUAGACAUUUAAAACUCUGGGAUUCGAUCUCGGCCACAGCACUUGUGCCCAUGAGCAGUGCAUUUGAUCAACAGUACUCUUUUAUUCUACAUUGAAAUAAAUGGAAAUACUAUAUACUUUCUUGUUAACUAUGUGUCCACAAGUUUUCUUUUUUUUUUAAUAAAUAGAAAUAAGUGACAGAAGAUUGAAAAAAAUGCAGUGAGAGGGACUUAAAUAUUUUUGGAGAUAUUUCGGUGUGAAAAUAUUUUUUAAUAUGUUUGAAUGACUGAAAGAGAGAGAAAUUUCGUUAGCCAUGGAAUGAGAGCGACAUUUACACAGUGAGUGUAAUGACAUACAAUCACACCAAUGUUUACUAAGAUCGUAUGAAUUAAUGUGGUGAGUUAGUAAAAAAAUAUAUAAAAUUUCAAUAAGAAACCUGCUUUUCAUGUGCUUUUUUUUACUCUGAAAUCCAGAAAUGAAAGGAGGGGGGGGGGGGGUGAAUCACUAACACCUAUGAUUAACAAGAUCUGCAGAUGGAUAGAUCUUUUUUGAAAGAAAUCUAUUUCAUCCCUCAUAAAAUUGAAUUUAGCUGUUAAUCACUGAAUCAUCCCCAAGAUUCAUCAUUUACCAAGAUACAUCUCUGCCAUGUGCAUUUUGUUCAGGAAUGCUGCCCUCUGUUGGCUAAAUCUGAAAAAGGUUAUGAUUAAGUGACAGUCUAAUGCAUUGGCUACAGAUUUACCUGUUUGUACUUGUCUUGGUCCUCUUGUCACUUUUCUUCAAAUGAUUUGAUCAUCUUCUUGUAGAUCUUUAAUCAUGUAUUUCUUUUUUUAUACUCUUUAUUAUCUUCCAUCCAUCCAACGUUACAUGUAGAAUUAUAUACAUGUACCCUUCACAACAAGUAUUAAAACUAAUGAGAAUUAUAGUUUGUACAAUAUCUAAUUCAUUAGUGAUUUAUCUUCAAGCCUCAUUUAAAUUUUGAUAAAUCCCUUAAAAUGGUGUCUUUGAUCAUAUUCAUGUUAUGUUAUGGUGUAGAUUAUAUGAAAUAGUAGUGUGUUUCAUAGGAUGAAUGUUGUAAUAUUUAACUUGCACAGUUAUUUUGAUGGGGUCCCAGGUCAAAAUAAAAUAUCUGCGUAUUGUUCUUCAUGUUUGAUAUACAGUAAAACCACUUCACAGCAUGGCAUUUGUUUGCUGAAAAUUUCAAGAUGUGCAUGUAAUCUUUAUCUGAAACUUCCUGAUAACCAAUCACUGCAGGUGCAUGAUAAGUGCUCAAAUUCUGAGAGAUCAGUGGUCCUAGAGCUAUCCAUAUUAUGAGAAUUAUCAUUUUUACAACAUAUUAACAGCUAAAACUACUCUAACUCGUCUACAAUGCAGUAACAUAAGAAUGUUGGAUGAUACUUCAGUAGAAUUCACGCGAUGGAGCCUUUACCAAAAGCUUUAGAUGGGUUUUUAAGCACAAUUUUUCUUGUAAUAAUCAGUGAUCAAGAUCAGGUUUGCCCUGAAUAAGAAUUUAUAUACAUUUUUUCGCUGUUGACCAGACUAAAUGGCAUUGUGCCCAUUGUUCCCAUGGACAACUAAGGUUAAGGAGUUGACGACCGAAUUCUGUCAUUCCCACUGGCUUCGUUCAGAGAUAACUUGGUUCCAGUAUAGGUAAAGGUUAAAACGGAAAAUAAGGGAAGAUUGAACAUCUUUCCAAAUGAUUCAUCUUGAAUCUCAUGGUUCAGAGUCUUGAUGCUAUACCAGUCCUCCAUUUUUUAAAACUUCUCUUCAUUUCAAUUUUUUUAAUUUCUUUUCAUGUCUAUCAUUUUUCAUAUUUUAUCUGAAAAAAUAACUCCAAUAUUGCGCCGGAUCAAGUUUCCUCUUCUUUACGCACCAGCCUGCCCGCCCGCUCAAAUUGCAUCUAAUUAGUAAUGAAUAAUUGUGGGACAGUUCCAGCUGAAUUCUUGACUGACUACUACUGAUGUGUUGUCCAGAUAUGAAGACACGCUUCUGACUUAGCGUGAAGUUACCAGUCCCGGACAGGUUUAUAGCUCUUUAGAUGUUCAUCCUGCGUGUACCUCGGAGUUGUGAAUCUAUUUAGUGCAUCAGUGGACACGUUUAUGCAGGCCGGAGUGUUGAUUUGCUGGAAGGGGCCGGAACCCCAUUUCUAUGUCUAUUACCUGUGUGAUAAGAGCUUUGAUUACGGUGUCUUUGAAGAUUCUCUCAUUUUGCUCAGUAAAUAUUAAAUGAGAACACCUUUUCCAACAUUCAUGAUGCCUUCUUGCAUCAAAAUGUUGCAUUAUUACUUAAAAAACCAACAUCGACAAUUAAAGCCCACCUCCCAAAAACAUUACAAAUUAUCUAGGUACGCCUCUAAGGUGUUCUGUUGGAAGAGCUUGUUAUUAGAACUAAAAUAAAACUCACCUAACCAGACGUGGCAAACAUCAUUAGCAAACCAGCUUUGCCAAUCUUCAUUUGCUCCAGUUCUUGUUUGUCUGUGAAUGUUAUUUUGGGGGACAUCUGUUCCAGCAGAUUGUCUUGCAUUUAUGACAUUUAUUUUUCACCAGGGUAAACGAAGGAGAUAUUCAUAAAAGAAAGAUCAACUUUCUUUAUUUGGAUAUAUGUAUUAUUUUGUACCUCAUUCAGUCUUGUAAAUGUUGUUUAUAAAACCUGUAUGGCUAAUUCCUCAUUGUGUUUGGGUAAUUGCCCAUAAUAAACAUUCCCAGAUGCCUAAUUUAGGGCUAAGAAUAGGUGUUGUUUUAGUCAGGAGGUCACAUGACUUCAGUAUUUAUGGUAUAAGUUAUCUUUAAUAACUAUUUAUGUUUAUCUUUAAUAACUGACUGCCAAGAAAUCAUGAGUGCUUGUUAUUUGCAAGCAUAGAUGCCUGAGGCAAAAGCCAUUAGCAUUAACUCGUUUAAUAACUCUGACACCAUCCGUGCUCAGUGAAAGUUACAAGAAAGAAUAAUAGCAUUUUCAGAAUACGGAUUCUAUCGUAAUUCUGAAGAAUUUGUGUUAUGACAUUUUUUAAAAGAAUAUUUGCAAUCCCAGGUUACCUGGUUGACUCGACAGGUCAACGACCCUAUUGUUCUGUCAGUGUCAUUUUACACCUCAUAAACAAUGCUAGAUUAAUAAUUGAAAUAUCAUUCCUGAUAAAUUAAUCCUCAAUCAAGUUUUGUUUACUUCUUUAGAGAUGACAGGAGCUGUAUUAACAUUCAUUUAGAAAUGAUGACACUUAAUUUGAAUAGGUUUGAAAGUGUUUAAUCCAUAGUGUACUGAUUAAGGUGCUGGAGAAGGGUACAAUCCACUCCUCCCUAACUUCAAAAUUAAAGAUAAAUGAAAUAAAUGGCAGUAAACACAGAUUCUAUGAGAAAAUCUGUAAAUCCAAUCCUAAUUGGCCCGUAGUCUGAACUCAGGUUUAAAUUAAACCUUGGUUUAAAGUUGUGGUUUAACUAUGGAUAGCCAACUGGGGAACAAAUCCCUAACAGUACACAUCCAAUUUAUUAACUUAUUUGACACUCAAAUUGUUCAUAAUUGUCUGGGAAUGAUAACUGAAGUAUUUUUCUUCAUUAC